AACUGAAAUAAAAGAAGUGAAAGAAGGGGAAAGGAAAGGCAGACAGAAAACACAAAAAGAAGAGAGGGAGAGAGAGAAGAGAGAGACAUGUGCAGAUGUGAAGAUGCACAUGUUUGGAUAUUUACAGUGCAGUGAUAUGUAAUACAGAUGUGAAGAUGUGCUGGUCUGGAAUAUGUAGCUCUUGGAUAUGUGCGGUUGUAAGUUGUGAUGAACCCUUCGCUCAGGCGUUCGUUCUCGCUUAGUUAUUUGGGUGGGUGGGACAAGCGGAGACAUCUAAGAGACCCGCCUUUGUGUUAUUGCGUUUUUUGGGGGGCUUGAAUCUUGUGCCAAUCGCUACAGGUCGGAUGUUGAGGGUUGAUGUGCUCAGGCCGAAGAUGGGAAGAGGUUGCCAGCACUUUAAAGGACAUCUAUUGUUGGGGCAUCCGUUCCAACAGCGUUUCAAUGAAUGCUGCUCUCUUUGCUUUGUCAAUAAAUUCCAAGCGACUUGGAUUGAGAUGAGCUCUGAGGAAGUCCAGUUGUUUUGUAUCAUUUGGGAGCGAUGUCCUCAAGGCUGGCCUGUUUCGAAGAAGGAUGGGAAGCCUCCCCUGUACACUGUAACGGCUGAAGCCCCCAAAGAAUGGGAGGAUUCGAGGAGAUUGGAGGUGAGAACAUGAAACUCCAAGAUCCUCGCCUGGACAGACUUUCACUUUGAGAGGCCCAAACCAGGGUGAAAGCUGCACACAAAGCGGAAAAGGGUGUGUUAAGCUCCUGGGCCAGGUGUAUGAGAGGAGAUAGAGAUGGAUAGAGAAUGAUAGAGGGAUAGACUGUAUCUUGGGAUUGAUGCAGUGUGACACAGUAGUCUCGAUGUCGUCAUGCAAGAUGUGUCCCUAUCUAGGCGGGGGAAGACACCCCACAUGUCCACGGGUUGGAUCGCUUCAACAGUCGGGUUCCCUGAUCCCGCCAGUUCUGGUUCCAAGGAUACGUUCUU